AUGCAGGCACUGCAUGAUACCACACCACUCUCCGCUAUAAGUAUUCCCGGCACACACAACUCGCCCACCUGMCACAAAGCCCUUCCCUCUGUCCGCUGCCAGGCCGUGUCCCCUAUCGAGCAGCUGCGGAAUGGAAUUCGCUUCUUCGACAUUCGCGUUCAGCCCACCAAGCCUGAAGAGCCAAAGGAAAGCGCUUUGAAUCUGGUCCACGGCGUCUUUCCCAUCUCUCUCACAGGCCCCAAAAAGUUUCGUCCGCUUCUCGAAGGAAUGAUCCUUGCCUUUCUCCGAGACAAUCCCUCCGAGACCGUCAUUCUCUCGUUAAAACGAGAAGGGCCGGGCUCUGCCACUGAURCACAGCUAUCGUCAAUACUCCACGAUCACUACACAGACAACGCAACAUGGUAUACCGAGCCUCGGAUUCCAAAUCUGGGCGAAGUGCGCGGUAAAAUCGUCUUGAUGCGCCGCUUCGCUCUCGCAGACCCCCUAAAGACCCAGCACGACGGCCGUGGUUGGGCGCUCAACGCGGAGAAUUGGGCCUACAAUACUCCCAAUGAUUCACACGGUGAUGUUCAAGUGCAAGAUUUUUGCGAAGUCCUCGAGACGGAGAAUAUCGAUCACAAGAUCAACCUCUGCUGUGAGCAUUUCGAGCGUGCGGGAGCUGUUGUUGCACCGGUCCCCGGUGUUACUACAGAUAGCACGAAUCCCGUGCCCGCAGGCCCCAUCUAUUUGAAUUUUCUAUCGGCGAGCAACUUCUGGAAGGUAGGCUGUUGGCCGGACAAGAUUGCUGCAAAGCUCAAUCCAGCCGUGCUGGGCUUCCUGUGCCAGCACCACGAUGUGGGCGACAAAGGUAUUGAGGGCCCUGGGGAGAAGGUGAACGGUGACGGGGGUACGGGAAUAGUCGUUUGCGACUGGGUAGGCAAAGAUGGAGACUGGGACAUUGUGAAGACGAUCAUUGGCCUAAACGGUCGGCUGUUGUCGAGACAAAGAGGAGGCGAAGCGCCGCCAUCGUAA